AUGGCGUUCAUCUUGGGGAGGAGAGUCACCAAGGAAUUGAAAGACCUCGCCGAUGACCCGGAAAGUGAGAUUGAGUUAGAGUCACGCGGCGACAAGGUCUCCACGUUGACAGGAAGAUUCAAGGGCCCUCCAGGCUCACCAUACGAGGGCGGAAAAUUCGAGGUCGAUAUCACACUGCCCAAUGAUUAUCCCUUCAAGCCACCUGUAAUGAGGAUGGUGACACGAAUAUGGCAUCCCAACAUCUCAAGUCAGACGGGCGCUAUCUGCCUCGAUACGCUGAAGUCCAGAUGGUCACCAGUUCUAACGAUGAAGACUGCACUCAUCUCGAUUCAGUCGCUGCUCGCCUCACCAGAACCAAAAGAUCCUCAAGACGCUCAGGUUGCCAGACAGAUGAUGACAGACCCCAAGGCGUUUGAUUUGGAGGCCAGGCGAUGGGCGGUUAAAUACGCCGGAUCACCCGCAUCGCUGCUCGGCAAUCAGAAUGGCGGAUCUUCUGCAAAUGCUCAAGGCGAUUCAGGCAGCCUGUCAGUGGAGGCUGACCCAAAUGAGGGCUAUGGCGGAUACAGCAGAGCCCUUGUAGAUCGAUUUGUGCAAAUGGGCUUCGACCGCGAUCGAGUCGUGGAAGCCUUCGACCAUUUUGGCCUUGACCGGAAUGAAGGGAACGACUACGAGCUUGAGGAAGAGCGUUCGGAGGACAUCACAUCUCGAUUGCUUGGAGACUCAUAG